GUCAACAUGGACGUCAAUCGUUAAAAAAUAAAAUUGUUUUUAACGAGUCGUAAAUUAUGGCAAGAGAGACUUGCACUUUGUGUCAACAAACUACGAGGAAAAGAGACAUGAACAGGUCGUGAUGCUCGACUGUACGACGGCAGUAAAUCGGUGGAUUCUUUAGUCUAGACGAACAAGAUGCUGACUGGGGGAGCAUAUUCUCAAAAGUUCAAGGACCUUGAGCAGGAGCGUCUGGAUAAACUCAGUGGGUCUGGCACCAUCAGUGAGGGACUGAGCCACGCCCAGCAACUUGCAGCCCGAGACAAAGUCCGUCAACUUUCAUUGGAGACCAACAGACGACGAAGAGCUCAAGAGUUAAAGAGGCGCCUUGAGGCCCAGAAGGAGGCCAAGAGGCGUCAGGAGGUACUGGAAGAACGUCGGAAGAGGCAGCAAGAAGCAACGCAAAGAUACCAGAGACUUCAGAAGGGAUCAUCGCCCAAGACAGAGAGAGCAAGUUCAGGCAAAUCCUACAAAGAUUCAAGGCUACAGGAUGGUGUCAAUGUAGCAAGGGGCAACAGCAGACCAGUCAGCCUUAACAAUGGUAACCACAGCAACCUGGCCCCAGCUUUGGAAGAGGCACUACGCAUGGUUGGAGUUAACACAGCACCGGCAAGGGGAGGUGGCUACGCCGGAGAGACGGACUAUACCACUAAUUAUAGAGGGGGAUAUAGUGACGCUUAUAACCCAGUCGAUUAUGUCGGAGACAUUCCGUUUCGGAGACAGGUUGACGGCAACGGGAACACAGUGGUUGAAAAUAAAGGGCAGAUUUACCAUGGGUACGCGACACGGGCGACGGCGACUUCAAACAGCAACAGCAACCGAGAUGCCGUGGGGACGUCUCCGUAUCAACAGACAUUGCAUGAACAGCAGAGGCAGCUCAUGGAACAGCAGCAGGCUGCGCUGCAUGAGUUCAACCAGGCAGUGUUGAAUGAAGCAUUACCGACCCAGGGGGAGGAGAUGGAGCGAAGCAGUAGUGUCUUAAGCUUGGACAGCCUUGAAGAUGAACAGCAGAAUGCUCAGAAGACGUUGGGAUACGAUGGUCGUAAGAAGCCUUCGGCUGGAGGGAGCUCUGCGUUGGUCCAUGGUGGUGGGAAAGCAAGAACCAAUGAUGAGUUUAGUACCAAAACAGGUGUGAAUUCAUCUUCCGUCCAAACUAGAAGUGCCUAUGGGAAUAGUGAUACUAAGCCGAGAGAGUUCAACUACACCGGUAGGAGUGCAAUAUCUGAUAAUCGUCUUUUCACAUCCAACACUGGUCCAAACGGUCCCCAGAGUGGAGGAUUCAACAAUGGAGAGCUCCUCAUCGAAGAGACCAGUGAGAGUGAUUUCAUCCGUGACCCAGUCGACAGCAAACCAUCCCUCCUCCAACGUUCCAUGCAGCACCCGCCUUACUCAGCGAGGGCCUCACAAGCGUGGGUUUCGCAAGCCCCGUCGGAUGCCCCACAGUUUCACGAUGCGAGUCACUCCCAAGGGAUGUACGCAACCGGACCGGGCGGUGCGACGUCUGGUCAGAGACCCUUCUCAGCUCAGACGACAGCCACAGCCGUAACCAACUACCCAGCCAGGGUUCCAGAGUCCCCCAUGAACUACAACCAUCACACUGCACCGCAGAGAUCCGAGUAUAUCUCAGGCAAGCCUAACAUACCCGCAACGACCCCAAACAGAGCUUUCAGUACUGUGCUCGCAAACGCCAGGUACAAUAGUGCUAACGGUGACACCGGAUCCAAACACAAUGAUCCCGACCUUAACCAGAUCAAAGCUAAAUACAGCGACGCUUCAUACUUACGAGAGCACUCAUCACACAACGAGUCUCAGCCAACCGAAAAGAAGCCUCAAGCGAACAGUACUAAGGGACAUGGUAAGACUGAUACUUCAGCAAAUGCAGAAAAAACUGUCAGAAGCAUUUUGAAAAGGGGUCAGGGUUCUGGCCUGACGUCGCAGAAGGUCAAGCUUGGUGUCAUGAAGGUGAAAGACAGUAUUGAAAUAUCGCGGGCGACUCAGGUUGCCAAGAGUGAUCGUAAGUCGGUUCGAUGGACCGAUGUAAAGUAUGCUGAUGAGGUCGAAGAGAGGUCUGAGGACCGUGGAACAGCGACGGAGAAAAGUGAAGCAUCUAGAGUCGAGAAGCCGAAACCAACGUCAUCGAGGCCUGCUGAUGAUUCGACGAAGGCGCAUUCGAACGGGAAGCGCCAUACUGCGAGUGCUGUUAGUGUUACACCGCCAAGAAAACCCACUCUACUGCCAAGGAUGAUGCCGCACAAUCCCUCUAAACCGCCCCUCGGGAGAACGAACCCAGGCUCUCCGGGGAAACAGUCAGAGCCUGCAAACCCUCCACGAGGGACUGUUAGAGGCACCCAGGAAACCAACAAAUACACCCCAGCUUACCCAGAGGAUGGGAGGGUAUACCAGAAUGGGAUUCGUCUCGACAAAACACCCACAGACGACGAGAUCAACUGGUUAUGGGAUAAAGUCCGGACUUGCCUAAACACCCAAGAUGAUCAAGCGUCGGACACCUCAUCAAGUAGGCAACCAGCUACUGUAUCCAAGCAGUCUAUUGAUGGGAACCGCUUAACAGCCAACCUGAGGGUAUCAACGCAGUCGGCCUCGCAGUCACCCGCGGAACAACCUUUGACCCACCAGCAGAAGUACAACACCUACCCACGCCUAAGGACAAACAGCGCCUCAAGCGCGGCCUCGCUGCGCAAGACCGCCCUCUUGCAGCAGCGGAGACAGCACAGCGCGGCGGUUGGGAAUCUCCGGCCGGGUUACCAGGGAAGGAACCACCAGCAGUACACGGGGCCAGUACCAGGGUUUCAACCAAGUCCCCCGUCAAGUAGCAACCAUCAUGCUGGACCGACGGCAAGCAACCAGGGCCCCAUGAGGGCUGGCGCUGGGCACACACAGGGACAUGGACAGGAAGUGAGUGAUAGUCUGUUGGCUUUCCAGCAAGCAGAGCGCCUAGCUCAAGAGAAUCUUUCCGAAUCUGAAAUGGCAGCCGCUCUAGAUGAGCAGAAGAACCAUGCAUACAUUCAGAAAGUGCCAGUAACUGCUUUAUCCAUGGAAGAGCAAAGGAUUCUGGAGUCUCUUGAUAAACUCAACGCACAGCUGAGAACUGUAUCAUCCGAGACCAAUGCCGGUAUGCAGCCUUAUAUGAUGAUCCAGCCAAAACCACCGCCCCAGGGCUCAGGUUAUCGGGGUCACCGUCCUCUAAGUUGUCGCCAGAGGGCAGUCUCAGACGGGAACGUUUCUCUUCGAACAAGAACACUUUCAGCAGAUCGGAGCAAUGCACGGAUAAACUACCGCCAUUGAGGAGAACAGGUCAUCAACCAAAUGGUUUUGUGUGAGAUGGCAGAAUCAAGAAAACUUUCGUUGGAAUGGGGAAUGUGUUACUGCGUUAUGCUUGAAAAGGAACAACGUUCGGUUGAUUUGGUGGUAGGAAAAAGGUUUUGCUGGACUUCCAUGCUAGGAGUAACAUAGAGGCCAUGGCCUCUGUUGCCCCGUAUCUUGGCCUUGGUGCCCCUUCUGAAGAUUUGGUUGUUUUUGUGGUAGGCAAAAGGUUCUUGCUUGAUGUUGUAGGCCUGAAAUUACACUAAGGCCAUUGCCUCUGUGCCCCUGGUCUUGGCCUUGGUGCCCCUUCUUACGUUUCUCAUAGACAUUAACUUAUUCAAUGGAAGUGCCCUUUGCAAAAUGAAAAUGGCCUUGCCCUUGCCUUCUUAAAGAUGAAUGUUGGAAUAGGGAAGUUCUUUUGCAAGAUGUUGUAAGAGGCCUUGGUAGGAGUUUUUUUUGCGUGUUAUGUUGGUUUUGAGAAAACUAGCCGUGUAGUUGAAAUGAAAUUGUAGUCAAUUUUAAUUUUGGUUUACCCUUACACUGAUUUGUGUUAGCACUAUAUACUCUGGUACAGUUCUGUGUUGGGAAAAAUAUCACAGGUAUAUUACUCAGGUGGGAGUCGAACCCACAACCUUUGCAUUUCAAGAGCAGUGUCUCACCAACAACUAGACCACCGAGAUUCUAGAGGCUGUAAUGAAUUUGUUAACUAUUUUGUUUUGAAGAUUUUUUCAUUUAUUUUGUAGCAUGCUUGUUAACUGUAACUGAUGCAUUGUCCAUAAACUCACUAGUAAAAAAACAAGAAAUGUUAACAAAAAAAAGGUAAACACAAUGAUAGGGGUUUCACUAUUUACUAAUUACUUAACUGGGCCCAAUUUUAAAGAGCUGCUAAGCACAACAAUUUGCUUAGCAUGAAAUGUCUUCCUUGAU